UAAUAUGUUCAUGUAUUUUUUAUCCUCCAGCAUCCAGAUUUUUAUCUUUAAAUGCCAUUUCCCACUAAAAGGAACCAGAGCUCUCUGGAGAAAUGGCUGACUCCACAACUGGGGCAGGAAAUGUAUAUCAGGUAAGUCUGGAAGAAAACAAUGGAGAAAGGAAGAGUGGGAAGAGUGAUGCAGAUGAAACAAGAUUGACAUGAUUUGAUAAUUGUUGAAGUAGGGUGUUGGGUACACGUGGGAGUUCUUUAUUCUUUUAUGUAUUUUAAACUUUUUCCAUAAAAAUAGUUUAAGGAAAGUUAAAAAUGUUAUUUUCUAAACUGAAGGAGUAAUAGCGCGCCCUUUGUAGAAACAAAAGAUUUCUACAAAGAAAAGUGAAGUCUCCCUCCGACUCCAGACCCUUACACCCCUCCUCAGGGCAAUCCUAGGAACAAUUUCCCACGUAGCUGUCAAGAAAGUUUCCACGAAAAUAUUUUUAAAUGUACAUACUCAUAAAAUACAAAUAUUUUUAAAACCACAAAUGGUAGCGUAUUAUACACGUUAUUUUAUGCCUUCUGAAGUUUUAUUUUCUAUUUUAAUACAAUGAAUAUGUCUACACAUUACAAUAUUAUGGAUUUUUAUGCUUUACAAUUGAGCUUCUUCCUUCAAGUUUCUUUGAUUUAUUCAAGAGAUAAAAGGCCUACAGCUUCAUAUUCCUCAGGAUUAUUUACAAAAAGAAGGAUGGCUCAGCCAAGGCUAAAUUUAGGUUACAGUUCCUAAUAUUAACAGUUUUCAAGUUUAGGUUUCAGCUUUUGGGACAUUAUUGUUACCCUGAAAAAUAUCAUGUUUAAAAACACCUCACACCUCUACUAUAGAUUGGAUCUUGGGAAAUAGGGUUGAGGACGGGAUCAAUAUAACCUCCGCCCCGGCGCAUACCCGGGAGAGCUGCAGACGGUCUAAAGGAUGUGGUGACCUCAGCGCUGCGUCCCUGCAGCAACCGGCGAGUGCUGGGGCACAGGCCAUAUCCCCCUAAGCUCGGCAUCGCCUGCACCUCUCACAAGUGCUCUGUCCGCCACAGUAACGCUCUAUGGAAAUUAAAGUUGUAAGGCGAACGACAGAAGGAGCCAAACGAGGUGGAUCCGGAGCGGCCACAAGGUGCCUGUGCUGCUGGCUUUUAACACACAAAAAGAGAAGUGCCAAGGAAUACAAGAAGCCACAGGGGGAAUAAAAAGCGACAUAUCUGCAUGGAGCCUAAAUUUCGCUCGAUGAUUUUCAGGGAAGACGCAUUCCAUAUUAAAAACAAACAUUGCUAUUUUACGGGAAUACCGGAUUUAAAAAUCCACACAGAUUCGCAACAUAAAACAGGCAGCCCAAAGACACGUCCGCGGUGUCCUGACAGUUCCGGCUCCGCCCGCGGGCCACGAGGCGGGGAUCGACGGUCACUCUCCUCGGUUGCCCAGAGUACUUGGGCGGCAACGGGGAGCGCCCGGGGGAGGCAAGCUCCUGGGCUAGGGCUGCGUCUUAGCCACCUUGCUUAGCUCUCGAGGUCCCGCGUGUUACGUGUUAGCACCGCCCCGGGGCGUCAGCGUGACCCGGGGCUGCAGGAACCGUGAACUCCCUGCCCCGCGGGCCCAGGUGACCGCGGGCAUCGCUCUCCCGCGCGCGGGGGGCGGGGCUUCCCCCGGCUGUGCACUCAGCUACCACAGCGACAUAAGAUGGUGUCCGCUAGGCGUCCCAGGACGGCUUCCUAAGGGACUGGAGGGCCCCGACAGCUGGAGAGUCUGCCCCGCCCCUUGGCCGGCACAGGUAGGACGGCGGGGAGCUCAGAAGUUUCGAACUCCAAGGGCCGAAGCACAGCCAAAUACCCCACGGAACUUAACAAAUGUUUGUGGGGAGAACGCCAAAAACGCGGGGAGGCGGGGCUGGCGCACAGUCACCCUCUCGCGACAUCUAAGUGACGUCGCAUAGCAAGCACGUGUUCUAGUCUUUCACCUUCAGUCAGCCUCCUCCGUUAUAUGGGCCUACCCCUUUAAGCAAGUGAUGGACAGUUAUUUCAGCCUAUCAACUUCCUUGCAGACAUCCAAUCAGAUUUAAACUUCUUUUAGCCGCCGGAGGAGUUGGAAAAAGGGGGUCGAAAGAGGGAGCUCACCGUCUCUCGCGAUAUCGCUGUGAGCCUGCCUCUCCAAAAAACGCCGAAACUUGGCCCCACCUCCCAAAUAGUGGUUUAAAGGACGGGUUUAUAAGCCAAUGAAAGGGAUGAGGAGGCGGGGUUGCUGCUUUCACUGAGCAAGAAGUACCGUUACAGGGCAGACUUUUUGUCCAAUCAACACAGCUACACUUUGGGUCACGUGACCGCAGAGUGCGAGGGGCGGAGCUACAGCCUGGCGCGAGGAACCGUUAAGAUAGACAACAAAUGUAACCAAUGAGGUACUCUGACUAGGGGGUUGGGAACCCAAUAACAGUGGUUGGGCGGGCGCCUUCCUGGAGCGCGGGGAGAUGUAAAGAUAGACAAAUAAUUUUCCCAAUGAGACUGUAGAAGAGAGAGCUAAUUGGCCAAUGAGGACUGCGGGGCGGGACCCUGUGCCGCGGCGGAGUCCAAGAUGGCGGCGUGCGGUUCCGCUGUGUGAAACGAGCGCGGGGCGGCGGGUUGAUCAGCUCCGCGGAGACGACCUCCGAGGACCCGCAACAAUGAAGGGAAAAGAGCGCUCGCCAGUCAAGGCCAAACGCUCCCGUGGUGGUGAGGACUCGACUUCCCGCGGAGAGCGGAGCAAGAAGUUAGGGGGCUCUGGUGGCAGCAAUGGGAGCAGCAGCGGAAAGACCGAUAGCGGCGGCGGGUCGCGGCGGAGUCUCCACCUGGACAAGUCCAGCAGUCGAGGUGGCAGCCGCGAGUAUGACACCGGUGGGGGCAGCUCCAGUAGCCGCUUGCAUAGUUACAGCUCCCCGAGCACCAAAAAUUCUUCGGGCGGGGGCGAGUCGCGCAGCAGCUCCCGGGGUGGAGGCGGGGAGUCACGUUCCUCUGGGGCCGCCUCCUCAGCUCCCGGCGGCGGGGACGGCGCGGAAUACAAGACUCUGAAGAUAAGCGAGUUGGGGUCCCAGCUUAGUGACGAAGCGGUGGAGGACGGCCUGUUUCAUGAGUUCAAACGUUUCGGUGAUGUAAGUGUCAAAAUCAGUCAUCUGUCGGGUUCUGGCAGCGGGGAUGAGCGGGUAGCCUUUGUGAACUUCCGGCGGCCAGAGGACGCGCGGGCGGCCAAGCAUGCCAGAGGCCGCCUGGUGCUCUAUGACCGGCCUCUGAAGAUAGAAGCUGUGUAUGUGAGCCGGCGCCGCAGCCGCUCCCCUUUAGACAAAGAUACUUACCCUCCUUCAGCCAGCGUGGUCGGGGCCUCUGUAGGUGGUCACCGGCACCCCCCUGGAGGUGGUGGAGGCCAGAGAUCACUUUCCCCUGGUGGCGCUGCUUUGGGAUACAGAGACUACCGGCUGCAGCAGUUGGCUCUUGGCCGCCUGCCCCCUCCACCUCCGCCACCAUUGCCUCGAGAGCUGGAGAGAGAAAGAGACUACCCGUUCUAUGAGAGAGUGCGCCCUGCAUACAGUCUUGAGCCAAGGGUGGGAGCUGGAGCAGGUGCUGCUCCUUUCAGAGAAGUAGAUGAGAUUUCACCCGAGGAUGAUCAGCGAGCUAACCGGACGCUUUUCUUGGGCAACCUAGACAUCACUGUAACGGAGAGUGAUCUAAGAAGGGCGUUUGAUCGCUUUGGAGUCAUCACAGAAGUAGAUAUCAAGAGGCCUUCUCGCGGCCAGACUAGUACUUACGGCUUUCUCAAAUUUGAGAACUUAGAUAUGUCUCACCGGGCCAAAUUAGCAAUGUCCGGCAAAAUUAUAAUUCGGAAUCCUAUCAAAAUUGGUUAUGGUAAAGCUACACCCACCACCCGCCUCUGGGUGGGAGGCCUGGGACCUUGGGUUCCUCUUGCUGCCCUGGCACGAGAAUUUGAUCGAUUUGGCACCAUACGCACCAUAGACUACCGAAAAGGUGAUAGUUGGGCAUAUAUCCAGUAUGAAAGCCUGGAUGCAGCGCAUGCUGCCUGGACCCAUAUGCGGGGCUUCCCACUUGGUGGCCCAGAUCGACGCCUUAGAGUAGACUUUGCCGACACCGAACAUCGUUACCAGCAGCAGUAUCUGCAGCCUCUGCCCUUGACUCAUUAUGAGCUGGUGACAGAUGCUUUUGGACAUCGGGCACCUGACCCUUUGAGGGGUGCUCGGGAUAGGACACCACCCUUACUAUACAGAGAUCGUGAUAGGGACCUUUAUCCUGACUCUGAUUGGGUGCCACCCCCACCCCCAGUCCGAGAACGCAGCACUCGGACUGCAGCUACUUCUGUGCCUGCUUACGAGCCACUGGAUAGCCUUGAUCGCAGGCGGGAUGGUUGGUCCUUGGACCGGGACAGAGGUGAUCGAGAUCUGCCCAGCAGCAGAGACCAGCCUAGGAAGCGAAGGCUGCCUGAGGAGAGUGGAGGACGUCAUCUGGAUAGGUCUCCUGAGAGUGACCGCCCACGAAAACGUCACUGCGCUCCUUCUCCUGACCGCAGUCCAGAAUUGAGCAGUAGCCGGGAUCGUUACAACAGCGACAAUGAUCGAUCUUCCCGUCUUCUCUUGGAAAGGCCCUCUCCAAUCAGAGACAGACGAGGUAGUUUGGAGAAGAGCCAGGGUGACAAGCGAGACCGUAAAAACUCUGCAUCAGCUGAACGAGAUAGGAAGCACCGGACAACUGCUCCCACUGAGGGAAAAAGCCCUCUGAAAAAAGAAGACCGCUCUGAUGGGAGUGCACCUAGCACCAGCACUGCUUCCUGCAAGCUGAAGUCCCCGUCCCAGAAACAGGAUGGGGGGACAGCCCCUGCGGCAGCAGCCUCUCCCAAACUCUGUUUGGCCUGGCAGGGCAUGCUUCUACUGAAGAACAGCAACUUUCCUUCCAACAUGCAUCUGUUGCAGGGUGACCUCCAAGUGGCUAGUAGUCUUCUUGUGGAGGGUUCAACUGGAGGCAAAGUGGCCCAGCUCAAGAUCACUCAGCGUCUCCGUUUGGACCAGCCCAAGUUGGAUGAGGUAACUCGACGCAUCAAAGUAGCAGGGCCCAAUGGUUAUGCCAUUCUUCUGGCUGUGCCUGGAAGUUCUGACAGCCGGUCCUCCUCUUCCUCAGCUGCAUCAGACACUGCCACUUCUACUCAGAGGCCACUUAGGAACCUUGUGUCCUAUUUAAAGCAAAAGCAGGCAGCCGGGGUGAUCAGCCUCCCUGUGGGGGGCAACAAAGACAAGGAAAACACCGGGGUCCUUCAUGCCUUCCCACCUUGUGAGUUCUCCCAGCAGUUCCUGGAUUCCCCUGCCAAGGCACUGGCCAAAUCUGAAGAAGAUUACCUGGUCAUGAUCAUUGUCCGUGCAAAACUGGUUGAACAGCGGAUGAAGAUAUGGAAUUCAAAGCUCUAAUGGACCUUUUUGAAGAGAAGUUGUGGCUUAUGUGGAGUUUACAUGGGCCUCUGAUGGAAGAAAGCUAAUCUGUUUAGUAUUUGUGCAUUUUACUAAAAUGGCAGCUUAAAGUUGUGUAUCUGCUAUUGUGAUGCCAAUGCCGGUGUUUUAAGUGGAAAAAAAAAUGACCUCUUUGCUUUGUGCUGUGUACACAAGAUUUCUGGAAAAGUAAAGAAAAACCCUUUUUAUGGCUCACACAGCUUAAGAGUAGCUGUCUCUCAAACGUGCGCUCACAGUUGAGCUGCUUUUGUUUUAUUCUAAAUAAAUUGUUUCUUUUGAGGAAAA